UUGGCGGGAGCGUGCCGUGUGACGUCAGGAGAGGUAAGGAUGGCUGACGGGCAGACUGCGUCUUUAGCCAGGAUAGACCUGGGGGCGCUACACUCGGCUGCCCGGGAGCCCCUGCACCUCCUGCCGUGUCAGAUACAGAGACAAGGGGCUGCCAAAGUUAGCGAGUAUUUCAGCCCUGCGAUACGAGAGACGCAUGGAGGAAAAGAAGUGCCCUUCAGAGGCCGGAUGUUCAGAGGGCAAGAAGUCAGUGUGCCAGCCGGGUAUAUGGGCAUCGUCUUGAAGGAAGAUCAUAAGCCGUGCUCUGAGGAGGAGGAUCGUUGUUUAAAUGUCAGAUCCACCUUCCAGUCUUUCACACAGUGGAACCUGGAGACUCCUCCAUCUGCUGAUGACGCCAUAGUUAUGUCGCUGGCGUGGCCGAAAAUAGCCUCUGUGAUACAUGCGCCAGUCGACUAGAAACGGAACCGUCUUUGCAGCUUGUACUAUAUUGCCAAAGCGCUGCAGUGUUACUUCUCCAUUUGUAUGUAUCACAGACCCCUUCUAUGUGUGUUAUCUGCUGGAUAUCAGUAGAGAUGAGCGAACUUACAGUAAAUUCGAUUCGUCACGAACUUCUCGGCUUGGCAGUUGAUGAC